AUGUUGUCAGCUCCCGUUAAGUCGGCGAAGCGGAUCUCGUCUCUGUUCUCGCUGGGAUCCAAAGAUCGGGACUCCCAAUCCUCGACCGUCUCUUCGCCAGUUGUGAAUUCCUCAGAAAACCCCAUCGACAAACGACGCCAGAGCGGCUCAAAACCUACUCGCCAUGUCUCAACCCCCAAUGCCGUCUUCUCCUCGGAGCCCAGAACCAUGCCCGAUACCCUCGACAUGGAGAGCCUACCCCCGCCACCUUCACUGCUGGCGGUGAACCAAGAUCUGGCCAACAGCGCUCCGAGUUCACCCGUUGGCCGCCCGCAGAGCAGAGGUCGCGAUAUGAGCAGGCCCUCUAGCUCGGCAGGGUUGGCUAUCCCUGGCUCGAACCCGGACUCCCGCCCUAGCACACCGUCGAAGCGCAGAAGUUGGAUGCCCGGUCGUUCGCGCGCUAGCUCAAUCGAUAAGCGGCCAACUCCCAUGCUUCCGGCUGCUUGGAUCGCAGGACUGGACCAGAAGGUUGUUUAUGAUCUGGGUCCAUUGUCCAGAGGAGAGCAGAUCCAGGAACUAUGGAACGAACAGGGUGACACUUACGUGUAUAUGUUCCCCCAGAAUACCGGCCGCGCCCCAUCUUUCAAGGUCGAUUCCACGAUAUUUGCCGAAUCUCCCUCCCUCACCUAUCUAGCCCGCGGCAACGAUGGCAAGAGCGGCCUUGAGCAGCCAACCCGAACAUUAUCACUCAACCCAAUGUCUCCGCCUUUGUCACCGCUGGACCAUCAGCCCGAAAACGACAACGAUAACGACAGUGCUGGAAGCCAAAGAAUGGCAUUCGAAGAUACACCUGAGGAAGUCCAGGAACUUCAUCUUUAUCUUCCCAUUCCGCUCAACUGUGAUGUGUCCAACCCGCAAGCAAGGCUCACUCCAGAGGACACAGAGACUCUGCUUUUGUUCCGCAACCUUUUCGCAUUCCUGCUCGGCCAGUCUUUAAUUGCCUCACCCAAGUCAUCCACUCUUUUCUCUAUUUUCAUGGACGUGGCGGUCCUUUUGGCCCGUUUCGAGUUCUCGAACUUGGACGCGUCCAACUUUGGUGAGACUGCCACCUCCAGUUUCAGCAACUAUUGUGAAGAAUUGCGCCUCGCAGAUGUCCGUCGAAGCAGGGAGAAGACGAUCGAGGCCAUCGUCUUGGGUGAACGUCUGCGCUACUACCCGCUCUAUGUCGAGGGUUUCGUCCACGGUGUUGGAAAGCUGGAUGAGCUCAAGCAACUGCGGAGCCCUAAAUAUACCUUCAUCCACCCUAUCACGCAGAAACGCAUGGAGCGCGCCUUCAUUGAUCUCGACACCCGCCUGCGCGGUCUCUACGGCAAACUCGAAGAUUUCGAUUUCCCCUCCGUUUUCUCGGGUAUUGCCAACUCGACUACCUCCCUGGAAAGCAAGGUGGUGCGCUUCAAGAACUGGAGGACGGGAUUCCAAGAAUUCCGCCGGUUUACGAUCCAAUACUACCGACAGAAGUACGGCUCGUGGCCGCCCAAGGCUCGGUCGAAGAAGAACGAGUUCGAGGAGAACGGACUUAACCGUCUUCUCCUUCUGGAUUUGUACCACGACUUCACCGAUCUCUACGAUUUGAUGGUCGACCGCACGUCCCUGACGACGCGUACAAUUGAUGUUUCGGGCGCCGGCAAUGACUCAACAGAUUCAUCUGAUCCAAAGCAAAUGACCGUUCGUGCCUUGCGGCAGGUUCUCUCCGAAUAUGACCGUAGCACACCACCAGUGCUUCCUCCCAUACCAUUUGACAUUCCACAAAUGCCUUCGCUACAGCCCCUGCAUCGGAAACCGCUCGACGCCAAGAAGGAGGCUAAGCAAAGCGGCAAGAAGCUCAAGAACUCCGACAUCAACGCUGUCCUGAUGGGAUCUUAUACCCGGGAGGCCAUGCGACCCACUCCUUUCAUUGAGAGCUUCAUGCAAUUCGAGCGUCGCUCCGCGCAGGGCAAGAAUGUUAAUGACAUCACCGACCUCCGAUGUGGCCAGUGGAUCUUCCUAUACGCCGUCAUUCAAGCCCUCCCCAUGCUGGUGGUGGAUGUCCCUGAUGUCCACUUCAACGAGGGCGUGGAGUAUUUCCUCUGCAUUGCCCCACGUGGCGGUGCUCCCUGGAUUCACAACGACACUAAGACUGCUCGCAGCUGGUUCGGGGUUGCAGGUGGUGCUGGUGUUGUUAGCUUGCCAUCUGAUGUGGUCAUUAAUGGAGUGGAAGGUGUAUACCGUCGCAGUCAUUGCUGGCAAGUUGCCGAGCAGUGGGCCGAGGCGGGCUUUCUUCUUGAUCCACCUAUGGUGGAAGACGCCGCCUACGACGAUGAGGAGUCCUCUAUAUCAUCACCUUACCAAGGCCAUCAAUCGUCGGCAGGGUCUUCUUCGGAACCUUACCCGAACCCUAUGAUGGUCCCUGGUGGGCUCACCCCGCCCCCUCCAGCGAUUCCACGAACCCGCUCGCCUGCCGCUACCCAACGAUCGGAGCAUCGCCACUCAUUCUACCCCGGAUUGGAAGCCUUGCCCCUUCCCGCAGGCAUUGCCCCUAUCGAGCCCCCCCACACGUCCGAUUAG